AUGGAGCAGCCCGACAUCAAGAGCGGCGAAGGGGCGAAUGAUGUGGUGAGCAGCGUGCUCAGCGAGAGCCUCUACCGUGGCCUUACAGCAUCCGUCGACCCCUACUUCGGCUUCCUCGCCAGCCUUGGCGCUGUGGGCUGGGCGGCGGUGCGGACGGGAGCUUGGCGGACGGUGCAGACCGGCGGGCCGUGGGCCUGGGCCUGGGCCGGCAGCGCGUGGCUCGGCGCGGUGGGCGCCACCUGGGCUCUCACCCGCACCGUACGCGGCAUCGAGGAGGCCCAGAAGCUCGACUACUUCCUCCAGUCCGGCGCGCUAGUGCCGACCGCUGCUCUCCGGGACUUCAUCGACGCCAUGCGUCCGCGACCCCUCUGGAAUGUCGCCGUGUGGACGUCGUUCGUGGCGUCGGUGGGCUCUCUGGCGGUGUGGACCUACCGACUGCCGGCGGGCUGCACGGAGCGGAGCCUGGUGGGCGUGAGCGCGGCCUUCCUCGUCUUCGCCACGGCGCACCUGGCCCGCUUCGCCGCCGACCAGUCCGACGCCGAGCAGUGGACCCUCUUCCGCCUUCCCUCGCGGCGCGCGGGCUCUUCCACGGCCGGCGACAACUGA